AAUCGUAGGCGUUAAAACUUCAGUACGUCGCUGUCACGCGUAGCUUGUGCAGGUGGCCAUUAAGCGUUAGUGUUUAAACCUUUCUUCCAUUUAUUUAUUACCGAUACAAACAUGAUCAUAUACGUAUAAUUAGGGUUUCAAAUCUACACACAAAAUCGUUUAUUCCACCGAUAGGAUUUGUAGUUCAGUUAGUGCUGAGGCAGGAGCAAGAAACCGUAAAUCAUCGAAGUCUUUGUUGUGGUCGGCGUUCUUGGUAUCUGCAUUUUCGAUUUUCGAUUUUCGAUUUUCGAUACGCAUAGUGAUUCUAGGGUUUGCCAUAAGAAGAGCCAAGCAACCGGUACUAGAAGCCAUGGUUGGAGUGAGGUUGUGAAGAGAGUUACGAACGGUGGUUCAAUGAGGAGAAUUCAGGAGCGUGUUUUGGGGUACAAGACUAACGUUUCGAACUCGAUAAGUGAUAUAUGGCUUCUCGGGGUUUGCUACAAGAUAUGUUUGGAAGAUCCUUCUCAAGAAGCUGUUCAUAGCAAUGGAUAUGCUGCAUUUUCUGAAGAUUUUUGUUCAAGAAUUUUGAUGACAUACCGUAAAGGUUUCGUGUCUAUUGGCGAUUCGAAGUACUCAAGCGAUGUACAUUGGGGUUGCAUGCUUCGAAGCAGUCAGAUGCUAGUUGCUCAGGCGUUGUUAGUUCACCGACUAGGUAGAUCUUGGAGAAAACCUUUGCACCAGCCAUUUGAUCGAGAUUAUAUAGAAAUACUACACAUGUUUGGUGAUUCUGAGGAUUCACCUUUCUCCAUUCACAAUCUUGUUAAAGCUGGCGAGAGUUACGCCCUUGCUCCAGGAUCAUGGGUGGGCCCAUACGCCAUGUGUCGCAGGUGGGAAACACUUAUACGUUCUAAAAUAGAGAAAGAGGGACUUCAAGAUAAGUCAUUUCCAAUGGCCAUUUAUGUCGUCUCUGGAGACGAAGACGGUGAACGCGGUGGUGCACCGGUUCUUUGCAUUGAAGAUGCAUCAAGAAAUUGUUCCGAAUUUCAAAAAAACCAAACUGAAUGGUCACCUAUCCUCUUGCUGGUUCCUUUGGUUCUUGGUCUUGACAAAGUAAACCCUAGGUAUCUACCUUUGUUGGCUGCCACAUUUACCUUUCCACAGAGCCUCGGGAUUUUAGGCGGUAGGCCCGGUGCUUCUACGUAUCUUGUUGGCGCGCAAGAUGAUAAAGUUUUCUAUCUUGAUCCCCAUGAAGUUCAACAGGCGGUUAAUAUCAGCAAGGAUGAUCUUGAAGCGGAUACCUCAUCAUAUCACUGCAAUGUUAUACGCCAAAUUCCUCUCGAAUCCAUUGACCCAUCAUUGGCCAUUGGAUUUUAUUGCCGAGACAAAGAUGAUUUUGAUGAUUUUUGUUCACGGGCAUCUGAGCUAGCUGCAGAAUCAAACGGUGCACCUCUGUUCACAGUGACUCAGUCUCGCCAUUCGCCUAAAUCAAGCAGGAGUCACGAGGCUGAUUUCUUCGAUGCAGCUGAUGAUGCGGAAGGCUCAGCACAAGAUGACUGGCAACUUCUUUGAUUUACUUUUGUGAUAUUCAUUGAUUCAUGGUAGUGUAAACUGUAAAGCAAGCAGAUGUUCUGGUUGGUGUUUGUAUGAUUGUAAUCCUCAACAGGAAUUAGGAUUUGAAUUCGUUUAUUAAAAGAUGAAGGUUGCACUCCGAGUGUUCAUAUUCUUUA